CUACUGAUUCAACCACCUCGGUAGCUUGCUAGCGAACAUAAAACCUUUAGACCAAUCUUGUGUAUAUUAAUGUCAGUGAUUUUAAACAUAAUUCUGUUUACGUAUUUACUAGUUAACAAAACUUAAUUUGCUUGUCAAUUGAAGUUGGCUAAUUUGUUAAAUUGAUAACGUUACUGUACUAGGCUAAUUGCUAAUGCUAACUAACUAGCUAGCUAACAUCCACGACCAUGAGCUCACUAAGCUAUACGGAGAAAGAAGUUAUGGGGCUGAACAUCAUCGUAAAAGAAGAAGAAGAAGAGGAGGAUAUUACAUUUAAAGGAGAGGAAGAAUAUUUUGGAGUAAAAGAGGAAGAGGAGGCUAUUACAAUAAAAGAGAAGGAGGAAGACGUUUUGGGAGUGAAAGAGGAAGAGGAAGGAAUGGAGGAGGAGAAUGAAGGAGAGAGACAUGACUAUCAUGGAUCCUCUGGAGAGCCUCAACAACAUCCUGAUGCUGAUGAGGCAGAGAAGAGUCUCUCGAGAUCAGAACACCAGAUGGACAACACUAGCCCUUCCGCCCUCCCAGAGUCCCCGUGUCGUACCUCUCCCAGUAGCACCUUACUGCUGGGUCUGAAGAGGUUGUCUGUGCGGCUGGUGGACUGCAGGAAAACAACGGGGCUGAGUGGAACUGUGAGAGGAGGAGAAGAGAAGAAAGGAGCAGAUUUGACUCAUCAAAGAGAGAGACAUGACUAUCAUGGAUCCUCUGGGGAGCCUCAACAACAUCCUGAUACUGACGAGGCAGAGAAGAGUCUCUCCAGAUCAGAACACCAGAUGGACAACGCUAGCCCUUCCUCCCUCCCAGAGUCCCCGUGUCGUACCUCUCCCAGUAGCACCUUACUGCUGGGUCUGAAGAGGUUGUCUGUGCGGCUGGUGGACUGCAGGAAAACAACGGGGCUGAGUGGAACUGUGAGAGGAGGAGAAGAGAAGAAAGGAGCAGAUUUGACUCAUCAAAGAGAGAGACCAGACUCAGAGGAACCAGAGACGUCUGAACCAGCAAGACGACACCACUGCUCCCAAUGCGGAAAGAGUUUUACCCAAUUACGGACACUGAAGGUGCAUGAAAGAAUACACACUGGAGAGAAGCCCUACCAAUGUUCCCAGUGUGGAAAGAGUUUUACCCUGUUAGACAGUUUGAAAAUACAUAAUAGAAUACACACAGGAGAGAAGCCUUACCAAUGCUCCCAGUGUGGAAAGAGAUGUUCACAGUUAAGUUGCCUGAAAUCACAUGAGAUAAUACACACAAGAGAUAAGCCUCACAAAUGCCCUCAAUGUGGUAAUACUUUUAAGCGGUUAGGUAACCUGAAAGAUCAUGAAAGAGUACACACAGGGGAAAAGCCUUACCACUGCUUACAUUGUGAAAAGAGUUUUAGCUGGUUAAGGCAACUGAAAGAGCAUGAGAGAACGCACACCGGAGAGAAGCCCUACCAAUGUUCCCAGUGUGGAAAGAGUUUUACCCAGUUAGAGAGCCUGAAAAUACAUAAUAGAAUACACACAGGAGAAAAGCCUUACCAAUGCUCCCAGUGUGGAAAGAGAUGUUCACGGUUAAGUUGCCUGAAAUCACAUGAGAUUAAACACACAAGAGAUAAGCCUCACAAAUGCCCUCAAUGUGGUAAUACUUUUAAGCGGUUAGGUAACCUGAAGGAACAUGAAAGAGUACACACAGGGGAAAAGCCUUACCACUGCUUACAUUGUGAAAAGAAUUUCAGCUAUUUAAGGCAACUGAAAGAGCAUGAGAGAACACACACCGGAGAGAAGCCCUACCAAUGUUCCCAGUGUGGAAAGCGUUUUAACCGCUUAAGUAACCUGAAAUCACAUGAGUGGACACACAGGAGAGAAGCCACAUCACUGCUCUGCGUGGAAAUAGUUUAACCUCAUCAGGCUUCCUGAAGAAGCAUGAGCAAAGACACACAGGGGAAAAGCCUUUCCACUGCUCCCAGUGUGGAAUUACAUUUACCUGGUUAAGGCAACUGAAAUCACAUGAAAGAAUCCACACAAGAGAAACGUUAUGAAUGCUCCCAGUGUAGAAAUAUAUUUACUCAGUUUAGGCACCUGAAAAACCAUGAGGUAACACACACAGUGUGGCGCGCGAUAUGUCACAUGCUUACAUUUCAUGAGGUAACACACACAUUGCUUCAACAGUUGUCUAAUAUUUUUUACUGAAAAUUGGUGCUUUGUGGUUUGGUUAUGCCAUUAUUGCCAUAUGAAAUCAAAUUGGAGAACGCCUACUCAGAAAUACAUUUGUAUGUUUGUUUUUUAAAAUCCCAAGACAUUAAUUGAAUAUGGAGUAUGUCAGUUUUUAUGUAGAUUCAAUGUACACUCUCUGUGAUUAAAUAGUCUUUUUUUUUUCACUCUGCAUGUGUGUCGUUUCUGUGUUUGAGUGUUGUUAAUCGAGUGCUAUAUGUUGUUAAUCGAGUGCUAUAUCUUGUUAAUCUAGUGCUAUAUGUUGUUAAUCGAGCACUAUAUGUUGUUAAUCGAGUGCUAUAUGUUGUUAAUCGAGCACUAUAUGUUGUUAAUCGAGUGCUAUAUGUUGUUAAUCGAGUGCUAUAUGUUGUUAAUCGAGCAUUAUAUGUUGUUAAUCGAGUGCUAUAUGUUGUUAAUCUAGUGCUAUAUGUUGUUAAUCGAGCACUAUAUGUUGUUAAUCGAGUGCUAUAUGUUGUUAAUCGAGCACUAUAUGUUGUUAAUCGAGUGCUAUAUGUUGUUAAUCGAGUGCUAUAUCUUGUUAAUCUAGUGCUAUAUGUUGUUAAUCUAGUGCUAUAUGUUGUUAAUCUAGUGCUAUAUGUUGUUAGUCUAGUGCUAUAUGUUGUUAAUCUAGUGCUAUAUGUUGUUAAUCGAGCGCUAUAUGUUGUUAAUCUUGUGCUAUAUGUUGUUAAUCGAGCAUUAUAUGUUGUUAAUCGAGUGCUAUAUAUUUUUAAUCGAGUGCUAUAUGUUGUUAAUCGAGCGCUAUAUGUUGUUAAGCAUUAUAAGUUGUUAAGCAUAUGCUCUAUUUUUUACAUAUGCGAUGGAUAUGUAUAUUAGAGGAUGUGGCUUUAAUGCCCCCA